AUGGCCGACGCAGAGUUGGAAGAGAUUAGGAGGGCCCGACUGGCACAGCUCCAACAGCAACAGGGCGGGCCACGAGGUGGUGGUGGUGCUCCGGACGGCCAGGAUGAUCAGAGAAAACAAGCUGAAGCCGAACGUCGCUCUGCCAUCCUGAACCAGAUUCUCGAACCCGAAGCCGCUGACCGCUUGGGUCGCAUUCGCCUCGUGAAGGAGUCGCGCGCCGCCGACAUUGAGAGCAGACUGAUCAUGCUGGCCCAGACGGGCCAGUUGCGGCAAAAGGUCUCGGAGGAUCAACUCAAGCAGCUCUUGAAUGCUGUUGCCGAGAACCAGCGCAAGGACGAGGAAGAGCAUAAGGUUGUGUUCAAUCGGCGCAAAGGUGGCUGGGAUGACGACGAUGACUUGUUGGAUUUGUGA